AUGGCCGCGUUGGGCGGAGGAUGGGCGGACGCCUUGCGCAAAGCGGCGCAGGUCAAGACGGAACAAUGGCCGCCGUUUGAGUCGGCGUCCCCCAAGACCGAGUGCAAAUGGCCGGCGACUGCUUUCCCCCUCACGCGCCCUUCAGCCUGCGCCGCUUCCGCGGCUUCUGCCUCUCCCGCGCACCCUCCGCACGCAGCUUCCGGGCAAGGCGCGCCGCUGGAGGCGAACACCGCUCCUGCCAAGGGGCACGAUUUUCCGCCUUCCGCCAAGCACUCGCCGCCCGCUUCCCCGAAUACUCCCCCGAUUCCACGCGGCGGCGCUCACGCCGGCGUGCUUCCAGCACGCGGGAAGGCGGCGGCGCUGGGUGGAGGUUCCGCCAUGCCCGCGCCGUCGCCGCAGGAGAUGCGCGCACUUGAGGAGGCGAACGCGCUGCUGACUGCUCUCUUCGGGCCGGGCGCAGAUCUCGCUGCUGUUAACGAAAGUCGUCGAAAUCCGUCCGAGAAACGGUUUCCGUCGGCUGGCGGCGCUGAGCCGUCGCCACGACCGGCAAAACCCGGCGAGAAACCCGCGAAGCCGCAUAACGAGCAGCGCUGUCAGUCCAAGGUCCCCGCGAGCCCGCGCCCGCCUUCCGCGCAAAGACGCUCCGCGGGCGGCGCGGCGAAAAAGAAUCCCGCGGUCGGCGCGCAAUCGCCGAGAGUAACGGCUCUUUCAACUCGGCCGGCUGAUGCGCCGUUUUCUGCUGCGGAAUUGCCAGCGCCGUCAAGUUUCUACGCCGGUCUCUCUUCCAGCGGCGCCGAUAGCGCAAAAGGCGGAGGAUCUCCGGUUGUUGCGCUGUUCGAGGGGGAGGUGACGUUCCCCGCGAUCAUGGCGGAGCUCUGGGCGCUCCAAGGCGGGCGCAGGGCGGACGGCGCAAAGGCAGCAGGCGCAGGCGCGGAGAAGCGUGGUGAGCGGCGUCAAGGCGUGAAGAAGGGGGAGCGGGCGGGGGAAACGGCGGCGCAAGGUGCGGGCGCAACGAUGGCGCGGGGUCGGGGACAGGCGGAAGCGAACGGGCAGGUGGAUGGGUCGCAAGCGGACAGCCCCCGGGAACCUGAGCUUGCGCCUUUCCCCGAAUUUCGCGCGCUAAAAAGGAGCGGAGCAGACGGUUGCGCGUCGCGCGGCGCGGGGCUGGCUUCGCCCUCAAAUGAGGCGGUGGCACUUGGCGUUGAGCGCGCACCGGUGGCCAAUGCCACGUCACCAGUUGAAGCCGAAGCAACGGCGCUGCUCGAUAUGGUCACAAAGCUCCUGUCCUCCGACCAGAACGUGACUGUAAACGGGGGUGACUGUACCGAGACGAUUAAGGGGACUGUAGAAAAGUUUAAGCAGGAGCUUCUGACGAAGCUUCCUGGGCGAGAUGUGGGGGAGGUGGCGGGCGGGGGACAAGGGGAAGGGGGGCCCGGCACGGGGGGGGAUGGGGGGAAACGCGGGAUCGCGAUUGCACGGAUGGCGCCGGUAAAGCUGGAACAUGGGGAAGAGGAGGGCGUGGGUGAAGGCCGAAGCGCGCGAGAGGGAGAAGAGCCGCAACAAGCCUUCCAGCCGCCUUUCCAGCCACCUUUCCAGCCGCCUUUCCAGCAGCCUUUCUUGUUCACAGGGAACAACCAGUCUCGAGAACUGAGUGCCGCCCCGGAUACUGUUCACGUGCCAGAUGGCGGCUUCUCACUGGACCAUCCUGUUGCCCCUGGGUUCGAGACUGCUGGCAUGGAUGGUAUGGCUUUUGUGGGUAGUGCAGGUGGUACGGCUGGUACGGCUGGUGUGGGUGGUAUGGAUGCUAUCGCGCCUCCAACCCCGGCAGGAGCUGUGCCUGUUCCAGCCGCAUCUUCCCCUGUUACACCUUCCCCAGUCACCACCUACCCUCCCAACCCCACAAGCUUCGCCCGCUCCCCAUCCACCCUCUCCCUCGCACUCGCCCCCGUCCACGCCUCCGCUUCGUUCUCAGCCUCGGCGCCCCUCUCCGGACCUGGAACAAGCUCGGCAUCAGGCUCGGCGGCUGCUUCGGCAAGCGACUUCACGUGGGCUGCCGGGCCUGCGGUCGCUCCGGACUCCUCGCCAGCUGAUGCUCAGCGUGCCGCAGAUUUCGCGGUCGAUUUCCCACUGCCGGUUCAUUCUGAUGCCUGUCUGAAUGCCGCUGCUGCCAUUACAGAGCUCCCGCUCUUCCCCGCGUCGGCAGCGGCUCGAGAAGCAGCCGCUGCCAUCUCAAGCCUCGGAACGGAGGGUGUUUCUAAUAAUCACCCGACUCCGCUAGACGAGUACAACAAGGAGAUGGGAGAGCUGAAAACUCUUGUGACGAAGGCUUUAGAGAAAAAGGGUGUAUUGGCUCGACUCAAGGCGGAGCUGCGAGCGAGCAUAUUCGAGGUGAUAGACGACAAGGACAAGACGGCGAGCGGCGAUGAGCAACGCGCCGUGAGAGGCGGUUGCAGCGAGCAGGCGAAGAACCUGCACGAUUCCAAAACGGGCCAUCUGCUCACGGCGUUGCUGUGCGAGUACCUGGAGUGGGGGGAAAUGGACCAUACCCUCAAAGUGUACCUCUCGGAGUGUAACCUGCCACCUGUGUACCCGCGCCGACCAAAGCUAGAGGACGAGCUCGGCCUGCCGUCGUCCAAUGCCAUCAUGACACCUGGCGGUGCCACACGGCCGCUCCUGCACGAGCUGAUCGACGCCUACUUCACUCUCAAGGCGCAGGUCAAGUCAGGCGCCACAGGCACGUCAUCAUCAGGAGGCGGGCUGCUCUCUCGCGCCACUGCUCGCAGCUCUAGCCCCUCAGCCGGUCAGAGAUCCCCCAGGAGCACCUCGCCCCUCACACGUGGCUUCAGCAGUGCAUUUGGUCGCAGCAGCAGCGGCGGGGGCGAGCGCGAGCGGUCCUCCUCAGGUAGCCGGCGCAGCAGCAGCGGCGGCAGGGCGGUGCCUGAGCCGGCAUCAAGAGGUGAAAGCGACACUGAAAGGGGCGGCGGCGGGGGCGCGUUUUCGAAGCUGCCGAUCUCGUUGCUACGUGACAUCCCAUCCUCGCGGGAUAGAUAUUAG